AUGGCGGCGGUACAUCCGCUGCCAACCCAGCUUCUUUCUCAGUAUGCUCGUCAAUCCCUAAAUGGCAUCAACCCUGCUGGUCCGAGCGGUAUGCCCUCCUCACCGGUGGCGACCAGGAAGCGCAAGCGCGCCCAUCAGUACACUGUCAGCUACAGCGAGGUCCAGGAGGUCGAUAGCAACGGUCGCCUUCGAGAGGUCAUCGUAAUCGACGAUACACCACCCCCUCCACCCACCAUCUCUCCUUCCACGACCCAUAAUGGUGCUUACUCUGCGUCCUACCAACCCCCAAUGUAUGCUGCCCCAAUACGGACCAGAGCCCGCGCUGCAGCAGAGGCUCAGGCUCUCUCAGCCAGCUCCUCGUCAACUACUACCGCCCCAGCUCCCAAGAAGAGAAAACGGGACCACAAUGAAGAGGUCCGUGCGCCGGCGUCCAAGAAGCCGGCAGCCACUAGCAGCCAGUCUCAGGCAGUUGUCACUGCUAAAUCUUGGGAGAGCCGCAGCGGAGCUGCCACUGACGAUACAUCGAAAGGCCCUGUGUCCUGUGAUGAUAAAGAAGGCCACUACAUUAUCGUCCCCGAUGACAUGAUCCACCGACGUUAUCGAACGGUUCGAUUGCUUGGUCAAGGAACCUUCGGCAAAGUCGUUGAAGCCAUCGACACUGAAAACAAUACUCGGGUAGCCAUCAAGAUCAUCCGUGCUAUUCCCAAGUAUCGUGAUGCUAGUAAGAUUGAAGUACGGGUACUCCAGAAACUCAGAGAACGUGAUCCAACAAAUCGAAACAACUGCAUCCACCUCCUUAGUUGGUUCGACCAUCGGAACCACAUAUGUCUAGUGUCUGAGCUUCUGGGGAUGUGUGUGUAUGACUUCAUCAAGGAAAACGAUUUCGCCCCCUUUCCUCGUCACCACAUCCAGAAGUUUGCACGACAGCUGCUCGGCAGUGUAGCAUUCUUGCAUGACCUGCGGUUGAUCCACACGGAUCUGAAACCAGAAAACAUUCUACUGGUUCACAACGAUUACCGGACUGUUCAUGUUCCUGUGCCAAAUUCGAAGCGCAACGCAACUAAGCCAAAGCGGAUACUAGAGUGCACAGAUAUCCGCCUGAUAGAUUUUGGCUCCGCUACUUUCGAACAAGAGUACCAUUCAUCGGUGGUGUCCACACGACACUAUAGAGCCCCAGAAAUUAUUUUGGGACUUGGCUGGUCGUUCCCCUGUGAUGCGUAUUCAUUAGGCUGCAUCUUGGUGGAGUUCUACACAGGUCUUGCACUCUAUCAGACGCAUGAUAACCUAGAACAUCUUGCGAUGAUGGAGAUGGUUAUGGGUAAAAUGCCAGAACGCUUCGCCCGCGCAGGCGCCAGAUCGAAACCUGAAUUCUUCAAGGAUGGCAAAUUAGAUUGGCCCAAGCCUAAAGCCACACGGCAAAGCAAAAAAGAUGUUCGCGCAACACGUUCGUUGUCGGAGGUGAUACCGCCAUCGGACAACAUCAAUCGACAGUUUGCUGACCUGGUCAGGAAACUUCUUGCUUUCGAUCCUGCUCAGCGGAUCACUGUGCGAGAGGCACUACAGCAUCCAUACUUUUCCUUGAACAUCCCUCCGGAGAUAUAA